AUGUUCGUGAGACUAUGUGUCCAUCCUGAAAAGCCCAGCCGCGGCCGCGGGCACACGGCCAGGCCCUUGGAUCGGGUCCUCAGUAGUGAUGGGAAAUACUUGAGAUUAGGAUCAUCUGAUCCUAACCCUGACAAUUUCAUUUUGUGGGAGUUUUGGCGGCGGCUCCGCAGCCGUGUCCGUUUCUUUAUACCUCUCCUCCUAAAGGACAAGUCUGUACAAGUUGUCUUCCGGAUAAGUACUAUUAGCUAUGAGAUGGGUGCUCGAUUCUACUUGAGUUUCGGGUUCUCGAAUGUGGUGAUGGGCGUAGUAAGCUCGAGCUGGCUCGUGUCAUCUACUACAAUCAAUGCCUUGGUUUUGAACUACGUUACCAAUGUCUCCUAUAAGCACAGUAGCUGGCUUAGGUACUAUUUGGCCCCUGACAUCUGCGAGAAAGGUGUUAGUUUGGAGAAGUUAUAA